CAUUUCUUCGUGCUCUCUACUUUUCUCUCUUAUUUUAACUCUAGAUCUUUAUUAUACAUUUCUUCUCUUAAAAAAUGGCUGAAGUUGAGUACAGAUGCUUUGUCGGUGGUCUCGCAUGGGCCACCGAUGACCGUGCCUUGGAAGAAGCUUUCUCACCGUAUGGAGAUGUCGUUGAUUCGAAGGUUAUCAAUGACAGAGAGACUGGCAGAUCUAGAGGAUUUGGAUUUGUCACAUUCCAAAGCAAGGAGCAACUCGAUGCAGCCAUUGAAGGAAUGAAUGGUCAAACACUUGACGGACGUCAAAUCACCGUUAACGAAGCCCAAUCUCGCAGUGGAGGAGGAGGCGGUGGAGGUUACGGAGGACGCCGUGAAGGUGGUGGUGGUUAUGGAGGUGGUGGUGGAGGUUACGGAGGACGUCGUGAAGGUGGUGGAGGAGGAUACGGUGGUGGUAACCGUGGUUACGGAGGUGGAGGCGGUGGUUAUGGUGGGAAUCGCCGUGAAGGUGGUGGAGGUGGUUAUGGUGGUGGUGGUGGUGGUUACUCUCGUGGUAACUCUGACGGAAACUGGAGGAAUUAGAUUUUAGGAUCUUGGAUUGUUUCCAUCACCCACAUAAGCUUUCUUUGCCAUUGAAUGGGAAAAAAUUAUCUUAUUGUUACUGGUUCUGUUUGAUGUUACUGUUGCUGUUACUUUUGGUUACUUGAUUUUGAUCGCUGGUUGAUAAUGGGUGUUCUUAGGGAUGUUUGGUUACUGUGAUUCUGGAUGUUACUGUUAGUUUGUAAUUAGAAACUAUAGUUUCAGCCUUUUGCAAGUAAUGGAAAGAAGUUGAAUGCCGAA